AUGGCGGCAACAGCGGCAAUGUCCAGCGAUGCUGGUUUUCCAAUGUCGGACGGCCUCUCGAGGACGCCCCGGCAACGUCGUGCAAAUGCGCCCAGCUCAUCGGCUGCUGGAAGGCCUCGUGGACCUCCUUCAGAAAGUCUUGGGGCAACGAGUGACGACGAGGGCAAUGACGGCUUCGAGGACGACCAGAUUCCCAAUAAACGACCGGGAGACACGCAGAACAUUCCAAAGGUCGAGGACAAGCUUGGUGUCCUUGUCCAGAAGCACUUUGAGGACUUCAUCGAGGGCUUCAUAGAGGACCCGACGUCUUCUGGCGCACCGACAUCGAGUGCCAUCACCACAGACAAGGUCUACAUUGCCCAGAUCCGUGGUAUGCGCCACUACGCCUUAUCGACCUUCUACGUCGACUUCAAACACCUCCAGUCAUGGACCGACGGCACCCUUGCGGACGGUAUUGUGGAUCAGUACUAUCGAUUCUUGCCUUACCUUACCUCCGCUCUUCACAAUAUGAUUGCCAAGUACGAAACGGCCUACUUCCGUGAGCACAGACAGCCCACAGCCUCCAGCAACAUGACCACGUCUGGAGCGAGCAAUGUUGGCUCAGCCAGCCAGUCCGGGUCUGGAAGCAAGACUGUCAACCAGCAGACGGACAAGGUCUUUUCUAUUGCCUUCUACAACAUGCCUUUGGUCUCCAGAGUGCGAAGUCUUCGAGCUGGAAAUAUUGGCCAGCUCCUCUCCAUCUCUGGCACAGUCACACGGACAUCCGAGGUACGGCCCGAGUUGUCAGUGGCUACGUUUGUGUGCGAGGCCUGCCGUGCUGUAGUUCCCAAUGUCGAGCAGACUUUCCGCUACACCGAGCCUACACAAUGUCCCAACCAGACCUGCAACAACCGCCAGGCCUGGAAGCUCGACAUCCGCCAGAGCACAUUCAUCGAUUGGCAGAAGGUGCGGAUCCAGGAGAACAGCUCCGAGAUCCCAACGGGCAGCAUGCCUCGCACAAUGGACGUCAUCCUGCGCGGCGAGAUUGUUGACCGCGCCAAGGCUGGCGAGAAGUGCAUCUUUACAGGCGCUCUGAUUGUUGUGCCGGAUGUGAGCCAGCUAGGACUUCCAGGUCAACAUGCACAAGCUGCUCGGGACGACCGCAAUGCCCCUCGCGGAGGUGAUGCUGGCGGCAGCGGUGUCAGCGGUCUCAAGUCACUUGGUGUGCGUGAUCUGACCUACCGACUCGCCUUUUUGGCCUGUAUGGUGGCACCAGACACGACUGCCCUGGGCGGUGGUGUAGGAGAUAUCAUGGCGGCUCUUAACUCUGCCAAUAGCGAGAAUGCGCAACAGGCACAAGAAGCCGUGCUUGCUUCCUUUGGGCCCUCAGAAAUCGAGGACCUCAGAAAAAUGGUGCACAGUGACCACAUCUACUCGCGCCUGGUGAACUCCCUGGCACCGAUGGUAUAUGGUCAUGAGGUGGUCAAGAAGGGGCUUUUGUUGCAGCUCAUGUCUGGUGUGCACAAGUCCACGGCUGAGGGCAUGCAGCUGAGAGGUGACAUCAACAUCUGCAUCGUCGGCGACCCAUCAACCUCCAAGUCCCAGUUCUUGAAGUAUGUCUGCUCCUUCGCGCCUCGUGCUGUCUACACAAGUGGAAAGGCCUCCUCCGCUGCUGGUUUGACAGCCGCCGUGGUAAAGGACGAAGAGACCGGCGAAUUCACUAUUGAGGCUGGUGCUCUCAUGCUAGCGGACAACGGCAUCUGCGCCAUUGAUGAGUUCGACAAGAUGGACAUUGCGGACCAGGUUGCUAUCCACGAAGCCAUGGAGCAGCAGACCAUCUCCAUCGCGAAAGCUGGCAUCCAGGCAACCCUGAACGCGCGGACCUCUAUCCUCGCGGCCGCAAACCCCGUCGGCGGCCGGUACAACCGCAAGACGACGCUGCGUGCAAACAUCAACAUGUCGGCGCCAAUCAUGUCACGUUUUGACCUCUUCUUUGUCAUCCUCGACGAGUGCAACGAGCAGGUCGACCGCCAUCUCGCUGAGCACAUCGUCGGCAUCCACCAGCUCCGCGACGACGCCAUCGAGCCCGAGUUCAGUACAGAGCAGCUCCAGCGAUACAUCCGCUUCGCGCGGACUUUCCGGCCCGAAUUCACUGAUGAGGCCAAGGAGGUCCUCGUCGAGAGGUACCGGGAGCUGCGUGCUGAUGACUCGCAGGGAGGCGCCGGCAAGAACAGCUACCGUAUCACAGUACGUCAGCUGGAGAGCAUGAUCCGCCUGAGCGAGGCUAUCGCAAAGGCGAACUGUGUAGAGGAGAUCACCCCCGACAUGGUCAAUGAGGCGUUCAAUCUGCUGCGGCAGAGCAUCAUCUCUGUGGAACAUGACGAUGUUGAGGUGGAUGAGGAUGACGAACCACCGGCCGAGGACGGCCAGACGCUCCGGCGUGCAGCGUCUGAGGCGGCAGGUGUGAGCACAGGAGACCAGGAUGGAGAUGCGCAGAUGGAUGAAGACCGCGAGGAUACAGAGAUGGCCGAUGCCGCUGCGGGUCAGAGAGCGAGACAGACCAUCUCGUACGACAAGUACAUCAGCAUGGUCAAUAUGAUCGUGACCCGCGUCGCGAAUGAUGAAGCCGGCAGCGGCGAGGGUCUUGACGGCGAAGGGCUGAUCCAGUGGUACCUGGAGCAGAAAGAGGAUGAGCUAGACGGCGAAGAGGACUACCACAAGGAGCACGCACUGGCGAAGAUGGUGCUGAAGAAGAUGGUCAAGGAAAACAUCCUCAUGGCUAUCCGCGGCGAAGGCAUGGCGACCAACGAUGCCGAUGCGGGCGAGGCUUCCGCGUCGCAGCAACAGUCACAGAACAUUGUCUAUGUCUUGCACCCGAACUGUGCAGUCGAAGAGUUCUGA